AUGGGUCCCAGAGAGUCUGGCGAGGUGACGGGCACGCCUGACCCCGUGGAGAAGGGACUCGCCACCAUCAACACCAUCACACUCGGUGUAAAGGCCAUGGUGCAGAAGGAUGGUGAACUUCGCAAAGCAGAGAUUCUAUCGAUUCGGGAACGGAAGGGGGGUUUGUCUUUUUAUGUUCACUAUGUUGAUUUUAACAAACGUCUCGAUGAGUGGGUUCCUGCUGCACGGAUAGACCUCUCGCAAGAGGUGGAAUGGCCGCGUCCUGAGAAGGCCGAAAAGAAAAAGGCUGCAGUCGCUAAGGCCCCCAGCAAGAAUGCCCAAAAACAACAUCGUGCCGAUAGCCGCGAGGUAUCAAGCACUCCAGAUGCAUUUGGCAGUAAGAAUCAAAAUGUAUCGAAGACACCGCGGGCCUCGACAGCCGGUGGGAAAGAGAAUCGUGAUACGCCCGGCGCAGAUAUCUCGAUGGUGGGAUCUGAAGGCGUCUCCGUUGCCGGAACGCCCAAAGUCCUCGACUCCGAGGACCUGGAAAUGCCAGAUGCUCCCCUCAAGGAAGAAGUCAAGACUGCCUCUGGCGAAGUCAUCACUCGGGAGGAGGAGAUUGAGCGGCUCCGAACAGGUGGAAGUAUGACCCAAAAUCCCACCGAGGUUCACCGCGUGCGAAACUUGACCAAGCUGCAAAUGGGCAAAUACGACAUUGAGCCAUGGUAUUUCUCACCGUACCCAGAUUCUUUCUCUGAUGUGGACCUUGUGUACAUCGAUGAGUUUUGCCUCAGUUAUUUCGACAAUUACCGCGCCUUUGAGAGACAUCGAUCCAAGUGCACAAUGGUCCAUCCUCCGGGCAAUGAAAUUUACCGCGACGACAACAUUUCAUUUUUCGAAGUGGAUGGUCGACGUCAACGGACCUGGUGCCGAAAUUUGUGUCUUCUGAGCAAGCUUUUCCUUGAUCACAAGACGCUCUACUACGAUGUGGACCCGUUUCUGUUCUAUUGCAUGUGCACCCGCGACGACACUGGCUGUCAUUUGGUCGGGUACUUCUCCAAAGAGAAAGACUCCGCCGAAGGAUACAACUUGGCAUGUAUCACGACAUUCCCACAAUACCAGCGAGCGGGUUAUGGUCGCCUGUUGAUCGCCAUGAGUUAUGAGCUCAGCAAGCGUGAGGGCAAAUUAGGCUCUCCAGAAAAGCCGCUAAGUGAUCUGGGAUUGCUGAGUUAUCGUCGAUACUGGCGAGAGACACUUGUUGAGUUGCUGGCAGAACCUAAUCGGGAAGCGAUGAGUGAAAAUGAACUCGCUCUGCUCACAUCCAUGACGGAGAAGGACAUUCACGAGACGCUGUUGGUGAAUAACAUGCUUCGAUACCAUAAAGGAAACUGGAUCAUCGUCCUCACGGACCAAGUUCUUGACGAGCAUAACAAGCGGAUGGAGAAGGAGAAAGUGAAAGGGUCACGCAGAAUCGACCCCGUUCGCCUGCAAUGGAAACCUCCCGUCUUUACCGCAUCCAGCCGCACUUGGAAUUGGUAG